UCUGCUCUUACAUACACACUUCAACUAAUCAGCUAAUUAAUAUAGGAGGGAAAACACUAACAUGUCCAAGAACAUGGUUGGAAUCCUGUUCAGAAAAAAAUGUGUGUGAGAAAGCAUGUGAUCCUGAAUAAGCAUGCAUAAAAAGGCUUUUAAAGCAUCUGAUCAUGAAUACUAGAACUGAUACACUGUAUGUAGGUUUGCAGAAAUCACUUGCCUAAACUAUUUUUGGGGAUGUUAUUUACACCGCUGCAUUUUGGAUUGUGGUCAGCAAAUUUUCUGGCCAGACAGAAUGUUCAUCCCAUAAUAAAGAGAUGGACAAUAGAGAGGUAGGUUGGGUUCCCCGGGUGUUGAAAUAUCAGCACCUUUGUCCCAUCAGAGAUAAAUAACCUACAACAGGUGGUCAGCAUCACAACUUUGGCAACACAACAUCCAGUUUUAUUUAUAUAAAGGCAAACUCCUGAAGUAUCUGGGAUAUAAUCCAACACAGCAAGCGUAAUCAGUCAGAAACUCAAGACCUCAAAAUUUCACAUCAAUAUUUUGUCAACAUGACAAAAACUGUGUUGUUACUGAUGUGCCUGAUUCUCAUCUUUUCUGUGGAUGCAGAAGACAAGUCAACAAGGUACCGAAUGCCCACAUGUGGGGGAAUGAGUUUGACUCAGGCAUGCCCUCUUAACUACGAUCCAGUCUGUGGAAGUGAUGGCAUCACCUAUGUCAAUGAGUGUGCUCUAUGUGUACAUCGCCUGCAAACCAACACAGACAUCUUGAUCAUGAAAGAUGGAAGAUGCUGAAGAGAAUGUGUACCUCAUCUCUCAUAUAACUUUUACAAUCCAUGCUUGUUAGUUUGCAUUCAUGUAGCUACAAAAACCCUUCAAAUGUAUUAUCGUAAAAAUAUAUACUUUUAUGUUUAGAUGUUAUUUAUAUAGAGAAGUAUAGAUUGUGUAUAAAGUGACACAUAUAACAUUUUGACUUUCUUAUUAAAGAUCGACUGAAUUAAUGUCUAGAAACGUGUGUUGUGAACUUGUUUGUGUAAAUCCAGCAUGUUGCCUUGUGUGAUUUUAGUUUGAACACCUGCACUGAUCCUAUUUACAUUUAAUAUGAACAUUUCCUUUAUAUUUUUUU